UCGGAUACAUUGACUGGCAAUUUCCAGUCGGCCACUUCGUGGGAAGCCGUUGAACUACGAAAUGGAAACUCGGAAGAACAUGGCGUCGGCGAUGCCGCUGCUCGCAGCAUUGGUGCUGGUGAUGUGCGUGUCGCAAGGCACGGCUGUGGAGGACGUCCGUCUCGGAUUCCUGCUCCCAUUCCCCGACGGCGACUCAGCGGUGCCAGCUAGGCUUGCCGACGAGUGGAUCUCGGCGGCGCGCAUAGCGGUGGACGUGUUGGGCCGGCAGUACCGGCACCUGGUGCGCGUGAAGCCGUUCAUCGCUAACUCCAACUGCAACCAGCAGGCCGCCGCUGACGCCGCUGAGAAACUGGUGGAGGAUCUGGUGGUGGGCGUGGUGGGGCCGGCGUGCUCGGAGGCAGUGCGCGGCGCGAGCCAGGUGCUGCGGUCGCGCUACAUCCCGCUCGUGUCGUUCGCCGCUACAGCUGACACCUUCUCCGGGGACCUCUACAGCACCUUCUUUCGCACCGUGUACAGCGACCGCUUCCAGGCGAAGGCCAUUCAGGACGUGAUAGGGCAGUACGGGUGGACGAGCGUGUACCUGUUCUACUCCGAUGAGACAUACGGCAACAACCUCAGGGACGAUAUCCAGAGCUAUGCGCAGCGCAGGGAGCUGGGGUCCACAACGAUCCGGGUGCCGUACCCGCCGCCGACGUCCAUGUACGAGUGGAAGCAGUUGUUCCACGUGAACGGCCGCCUAAUCACCGCCAACGACUCCACCGUCGUUGUGUUCGCCGCGCUGCCCAACGUCGUUGAAGGGCUGUGGCGCGCUGCUCAAGACCUCGGUCUGCUGGGCUACCCCUGGUGGUACCUUGUGUCUGAUGGCGGCACUGCCUUUGACCUCGUCGGCAUUGACAAGGGCUCAGUCCCGCUGGGAUCAGCACUGCAGGGCGAGCUGGGCAUCGGCCCCUACCGCGGCAAGGCGGACACGAACGCGGCAUCACCCUUUGAGGAGUUCCGGGCGUACUGGCAGCAGCAGCAGCACAGCGAGUACCCGGGGCUGCUCACGCUGCCGGUGACCCCGCGCUUCGAGCAGCCGCGUGCGUACGUGCUGCACCUCAUCGACGCCAUCUGGGCCUUCUUCAAGGCCUUUGAGAACAUCCUCGUCGUGCAGCGCCAAUCGGGCAUCACGCCGCGGCUGGUGCUGGAGGUGUUCAAGAACCGCACGGGCAACGGCAUCCGCUUCAACGGCGUCACGGGGCCCAUGUCCUUCAACCCCGACACGGGCGACCGCAACAAUGAGCUCAAGCGCGCCACCUUUGCUCUCAACAACCUCGCUGGGCCCACCUGGAAGGAUGUGGCGCCGUGGCAGCACACGGGGGGAGACUCCUUCCAGAAGCCGGAGCUGGUCAUGCGCCCUGGCCCGCUGCCUGAGGGCGCCACGCUGCCUGAAGGCCAGCAGAUUGCUGCGCCCUACUCCGUGCCGGAGGAGCUGCAGAGCACGGUCCCAAGCACAUCCGCAUCUUCCUCGAAUGAGACUCUGGCCGAGUGGGUUGCAGAGGAGGCAGGAGGCAGCAGCAAUGUAGGGUGGAUAAUUGGAGGACUCAUUCUGAUUCUCGUCGCUCUCCUCAUCUUCGGCUGGGCACUGUGGAGGGCUGGCCGCAAGCGUCGCCCUGAGCACAGCCAGUAUUCCCGGGUGAUUUGAUUUCUGAGCAGAUGAAGCUGGUGUGAAUCUGAUGUGAUGCAGCAGAAGGACAUGCUAUGUAGUUUCACUUUGCCUUUCCUCGACGUCGAUUUCGCUCCCUUGAUUAUUUUCCUCUCGAGAAUUGACAGUGGUGAACAUAUGUUCACCUGUUCUACAUUCUAAGAAGUGUGGCGCUGUUCCUAUAUACUCGCGUUUUAAAUUCAUGC